GCCGAGGCGGGGCCGGAAGCGACGCACGGCCACUUCCGCUUCCGCAAGAACGGCGCUUCCGGAUCGGGAGAAAGGUGGCGGCGCCGUGGGAGUUUCCCUACAGGAACAGAAUGGAAGGAGGACCGAGCAGAUUGGAAAUUCACACCCCAGUAUUUGACAAGAAAAAGAAAAAAUACUCUGUAUAUAAGGAAGGACACCUAAGGAGUUCCCAUGAAAGUUUCAGAGACACUCCUCUGACAAGCGAACAGCGUCACAUAACCAAGAGUAAAAAAAAGAGAAAGGAUUUCCAGCAUUUUCAUUCUUCCCCUUUGCAAAAAUCAGAAAUUUGCGAGGAGACUGAAAAGACCACUUCUAUACCCAAAAAGAAUAAAAAGAGAAGACAGAAGGCUUUGGGGGUAGAUGAGGAAACAGGCGUGGUGUACGUCCUGGUGGAUAAAGAAAAUAUCAAGGACACGCCGAAGAAUUUUAGGAGCGACGUCGAUGUCGUGUACGUGGACACGAGCAAGGAACAAAAGCCAACACAAGAGCCUGACGCAGACGAACCACAGUCCGUUCCUAAGUCACAUGCAAAUGAGUCCGAAGAACCGCAUCAUAAAGUCAGGGAGAAAAAGAGUAAAAAACAUCGGAAGAAAGCGGCAUUGGGCGAUGCUGUGCAGGAAAGCCCGCGUGCGAGCCUGCCCCUGCCCGAGGUGGAACCACCCCAGCCAGAAGCCCUUUCCGUGGGCCCAGAGGGCGAAAUUGCCCAGCUGCCAAUACCCGCAGGUAAAAAAAAGUCUAAGAAAAAAAAGAGAAAAAUUUCACACAACCAGGAAUCUGAGGCAGUGCCCGAGCCUGAGGGUCUGGAGAACGUGCACUCCGAAGGAUGUCGAGGGGUCAGUGGUGUAAAGAAAAAGUCUAAGAAACGGAAGCGAAGCUCUGCUGAAAGCCCCGUAGCGCCUGGUGGGGAGUUUUCAGCGCUCGCUGCCAGCUUGGAGGACGCGCACUUUGAUUCACUGCAGGGAAAUGGCACCUUGAUUGAAGAAAGGGAGGAGCCCAGGCCACGGGAGGAGAAAACCCAGGCCUGUAUGGAAGAGGUGCAGAGGUAACGGGGGAAUGUUGUGUCUUUCGAUGUGUGUCUUCUGUGUGAGUUCUGCCUGUGACCUCUUUAUCUAGCAUGUUCGUGGCAAGCUCCGACAUCCCUCCUUGCUUUCACACUGUCCUGGUCUGAAGUGAGGGUCACUUUAAGCACUUGAAAGCCACCGGGGCAAGCGACGCGUUCACGUGAGUCCGUCCGAUCUUGUCCGUAGGUUGGAACCUACAAACGAAGA